GAAGCACCACCAGAGUAGAGGAGUGGGAGCGAAUUGACAGCGAAAGCGUAGUAAAUAAAGGAAUAUACCUCACUGUCUGUGUGAUGCACGAGCCUCUCGUACGGAGGUGUUAAAGGGGGCCGUGUGAGAACUGCGGGUUCCGUCAGAAAGGCUCGUUUCUGGCUGCGUUCUGCCCCUUUUCGCCAGUGCCGUUGUGCGCUCAGACCCGCCCCAACGUGUGAGGUGUGACACGUACCUGUCGUACCUGUUCGAGCUGCCCUAGUGCCUGUGCUCUGGGUCACGCACCACUUCCACCUGUGAGCGCCUCUGGAGGUCGAGCACAACCUCUGGUCCCCUCCAGUUCUCCACUCGGUUUUGUGGAAGACACCGUUCCAGUGAUGUGCUGGCGGAGAACAGCCAGAGCCUCCCUGUCUCCCUGCCCGGCUCUAUGACGCCCAGCUCAGUCGCUAGCAAAGCCUCGGGCUCUGUGGGGGCGGGCAUGGAGCUGCCCAGGAAGCGCAAAGGCAGCACGGAGAACCAGGAUGCUAUGGAGGUGGACGUGGAGGACGAACAGGACAAGUCUGAAGGAGAUGACCAGCAAGUGAAGGUUAAGUGUUUCAGGGAGCCCCACAGCCAAAUCGAGAAGCGUCGGCGGGACAAGAUGAACAACCUUAUUGACGAGCUCUCCGCUAUGAUUCCUACCUGUAACCCCAUGUCCCGCAAGCUGGACAAGCUGACAGUGCUUCGCAUGGCUGUCCAGCACCUCAAAUCUCUAAAAGGUGCCACUGGCUCCUUUACUGAAGCCAACUACAAGCCUUCAUUCUUGCCUGACGAUGAGCUCAAGCACCUUGUCCUGAGGGCUGCAGAUGGGUUCUUGUUUGUUGUGGGGUGUGACCGGGGAAAGAUCCUCUUUGUGUCAGAGUCAGUCUCCAAGAUACUUAACUACAGUCGGGCAGAGCUGAUUGGACAGAGCCUCUUCGACUACAUCCACCCUAAAGACAUGGGUAAAGUGAAGGAACAGCUGUCGGCGUGCGAACUGCACCCACGCGAGCGGCUGAUAGAUGCGAAAACGGGACUCCAGGUGCAGGCAGACCUUCCUGUUGGUGCAGCUCGCCUGUGCUCUGGAGCUCGCAGGUCCUUCUUCUGUCGCAUGAAGUACAACCGCGUGGUGGUGAAGGUGGAGGAGAAGGGCUUCCAGGCCAAUACCUCAAAAAAGAAAGAGUCGCAGAGGUACUGCACUGUGCACUGUACAGGCUACAUGCGCAGCUGGCCGGCCAGCCAGCUGGCUGCGGAGGUAGAAGGGGAAGCGGACAAGGAGAGCUCCCACUUCAGCUGCCUGGUGGCCGUCGGCCGGGUGCACCCCCACGCCGGCCCACAGUCUAACGGAGAGGUCAGGGUCAAGCCGACAGAGUUUGUCACCCGUUACGCCAUGGAUGGAAAGUUUACCUUUGUGGACCAACGAGCGACUACCAUUCUGGGCUACCUGCCCCAGGAGCUCCUGGGGACGUCUUGCUACGAGUACUUCCAUCAGGAUGACUUGGCGCACCUGGCAGACAGGCACAGGAAAGUACUGAGGAGUAAAGAGAAGAUUGAAACAAAUUGCUAUAAGUUUAAAACAAAAUAUGGCUCUUUUGUCACGCUACAAAGUCAGUGGUUUAGUUUUAUAAAUCCCUGGACCAAAGAAGUAGAAUACAUAGUGUCAACCAAUACAGUCAUAUCGGGUCGCACUGGAGCGUCAGGGGAGAAAUCGGAUCAGCCCAGCGAUUCAAAGACUCCUGAAGAUGAAGCCAAGAAGACCUUUCCCAUCAUCCCAGGCAUCUCCAGCGGGUCUGGUUCCAUGAUCUAUGCUGGCAGCAUUGGCACCCAAAUAGCUAAUGAGCUGCUGGACUUCAACAGGAUGAACUCUUCUCCGUCAAGUGGUAACGCCAGCCCCUUCAGCGUGCUGCAGGACAAGUCUCCUUUGGCGCUGACCGGUGCGAGUGCCAAUGUGCCAAACGGAGAGGCGGCGGACUCGGAGCGGCCUGGCAGGUCUGGCUCGGAGGGAGAGAGCCGCGGAUCACAGUUUCCUGCAUGCGAGCCUCUCGCAGGGGACCACUCCCAGCUGGACCUGGACAGUGUGGUGGGGCCGGGUCUGGGCAGCCUGAGCAACGACGAGGCCGCCAUGGCGGUGAUCAUGAGCCUCUUGGACACGGACGCCAAUCUGGGAGAGGCUGUAGAUUUUGACGAGAUGCACUGGUCCCUGUAGAACUCGGCCUUCUAUGACAUGUGCUUUUGGGAUUUUUGUCAACAUUCUUCUAGGUAUUUGUCGGUCUUCACUAUGCAGCAACUGUACAUUUUUUUUUUUUUUUUUUUUUUCCUUUUCCAUUUUCAGUUUUUAUUUAUUUUCGUUGGGGGAAUGCUGCUUUUCUGAGAGAACACAAAUGACUGAAUGCAGGAUUAAAUGAGAAAGCGAAAUGUUUUUGUUUGUGCUCCAAAAGCCUGGAAGAUCAGAGCACACAGCUGUGCCUCAAGUGGACGCAGAACAAGAAUGGGACUGCUGUGUGGUCCUCGCUCUUCCUUUCGGACUCCAAGGCUCUGACUACGACUGACUGCGACCGUGACUCUGACGACGACUGACUCUUGUGACCGUGGCUUUCUGGCUUGCCCCCCGCUGUGAAUUUCUGAACUCCACUGAGGUGGGGGGGGGAUGCGCUUACCUCCUCUGCCCUGCCCACCCCCCAUUGACUUUACACUUGAAAUAAGGAUGUAUGUAGCAACGCACAAUGGAUUUGGAGGACUGUGCCUCAACAGAGAGAUGGCAGGCUCCGGAGGCCUCCUUGCCGGGGGUUUCGUAAGAUUUUUGGGGCUGCGGGGGUGGACGUGGGUGCGGGGGUGCUUCACUUUGAGUCUGCUCGGUCACAAACUUCGUCUUUCGGUAAGAUCAGGCAACUCCCAACACACUCCUGCCAUAAGCUCGAAACAAUAACCAAGCGUCCAGAAUGGAGCAAGCCAUGUGAACCCGAAGCACAGGCCUCCAUCGGCGAACCUCUAACUUUCUGCGUGUGACUCGGCCUUAAAUCAACAGCCAGCAGUAGGGGAAGGUCUGCAGCGGAAGCAAAAAAACAAAAAAGUGUGCUAUUACAUGAGAACCUAAAGCGGUCCACAUUCAUACAGCUUGUGUGUAACUCAGGGAGCGGCAGGGAGGUGGCGCCCCAGAUGUCCACCUGUUCAGUCGUGCGAAGCACUUUUGGUUUUCGUUGGAGGUUUCUGGUAUCACGCAUGUCUAACUGUGUAACAGUGAUGGUCAUCGGAGCAGGAAUAUGAAUCCAGUCCUGACGAAAUGCCAUCUGGGUGAAUAUUCCCCAUCUCGCUGUAGCUUCUCCGCUGUACACUUGGUUUACAGCCCAAGGUUACCCACGUCACCUGCCUCGUGACUUUACACGGACCUGGAUGCUGCUAUGUAGGAUGAACAAUUUGAAAGGUCAGAUUUUCACCCAUGUGCUUGCCUUUCUGAACUGAACAUUCUCUCCCGUGAGAAUGGCUAGGGCUCGAGAAUGUGCGGUAAGGGUGGUGCCAUAGGCAUAUCAACAUGAAACAACUGCUGUGUUUAAAAUUUACAAAAAAAAAAAAAAAAAAGAAAAAAAAUCCAAGCAUGAGUUUGUACUGAACAAUAUGGCUUCCAUCAUCUGUUACUUGGGGUCUGUAAAAUACAUUUAGAUACUUUUUUUUUUUUUUUUAGAGGUUGAAUCCGAACUGUAAAAUCUCAGCAUUUCGUAAAAAGCCAGACAAAAAGUAAAAAAGUUUUGAAAGUGUAAGCUGAAGAAGGCAACCCCAGCGAACGGUAAGAAGACAAGAUUUGUGCUGGGAGACGGUUCUUUUGGGUGCGGUAGGCAGGAGCGCGCCUGGUUUUGGCUGAAGUAAACAUAGUGGUACAACCAUUUACUGCCACGGUCUGAUAGCCAUAUCUGAGGGAUGGUAGAUGUUUCACUUGGGAUACCAGGAUCUUGAUAAAGAAUAAUAAUUUAUUGUGUUGUGUUACUGGUCUCAGAGUAUUAUUCAAGUCUACCUCCUAGAUUUACCAAGCUGUCUCUACUUCUGCUCCACCUGACUAUUUAAAAUCAUUUUUGUGCCAGUAAAGAGAUGUUCAGAACUUUGGCCUUUUGGAAUCAUUGCAGAAGCUCUGCCCACCCCACCCCCUGCCCUGUAUUUUGGACCCAGAACCAGGAAGGCUGCGUGUAAAAGAGAAGGUGAACCAAGGCCCGGUGCAGCCCCGAUGUGCCUUGCACCUUUCUGCACGGACACGGGAGCGCUGCAUUCUAUGGCAGAAUUGCCAGCUUACCCUGGUAAUAAGGGUAAACUCCUAAAGCUAUCUUGAAUUAGUUCCUCAUGCUGGGUCUAUGUUCAGGGCAUCUGAAGAAAACCAUUUGCUUGCGGCGAGCGGACGACUGGGGCUUAACUUUUUCUGAGGAAAUUGUCUCGAGGGUCGAACGUGUGGGGAAAAAUUGCAUUUUAUGUCAAAGGCCUUUUCCAAAAAAGCAGGUGAACUGAUAGAACGUGCCAUUCCGUGGUAUGUGCCGGAAGUAGGCACUAGAUGUCAUUUCUCGUUUCAAGUACUGUAUGUGUGUGCGCUUUGGAUGGGCGCCUGGGAUGUGUGAGGACAGUGGGGCUCUAAGGGACUGCAUGCCGACACACAGGGCACCCAUUCCGGCGUUCCAGUCCUAUGUUAAUAUAUUAAUCAUUAGCAAUAUACUUAAUAUAGUAAUCAUUAGUAAUCAUCAUUGCAUAUGUAAUAUCAUGUUUGAAAGGGUUUUCUUGUGUUUUUUUUUUUUUUUUUUUUUUUCU